UGCUUGUUAUUCAUUUACAUAAUGCCAAUUUUUCUUCAUCAAAGUUGCUGAGUUAACGGUGGCCAUUUCUUCCAAUGGCUCAAGUCCAUGUUUUAAAAGCUGCAAUCAAAGGGGAGUGGGAAGCAAUCCUCACCCUCUAUAGAGAGCGGCCAACCUUAUGCGACGCCGCUCCAGUCACUGUCGUUACAGGCAACACGCUCGUUCACAUUGCAGUGCAAUCCGAUCAAGACAAGGUGGUUGGCGAGCUGCUAGACUUACUGCCAGAACACACCCGCCUAGCGAAGAACAAGAGAGGAAACACUUCGCUCCAUGAAGCUGCCAGGGCCGGAAAAGUCGAGACUGCAGAGAUGAUAUUGAAGAAGGAUGAGAACUUGAUUUUAAGCCGCAACGACCGUGGCGAGAUGCCUGUGUUUUGGGCUGCCAUGUAUGGGAAGAAGGAGAUGUUGAUCUUCCUUGUUUCUGUCGCUAAGAAGUUUGGUGAUACGAUACUGAGGAGGAACGACGGAGCUACUAUCCUUCACGCAGCUGCUCUUGGUGAAUUUUACGAUCUAGCGUUGGAGAUAUUAGAGAUGUUUCCAAAAAUAGCAUUCAGCAGAGACGAACGUGGAAUGACAGCCCUUCAUCUCCUGGCUUUCUCUUCUACUUCCUUCAAAAGCAGAACCGUAUUUGACACUUAUUCUUUGGGUUCUCCUACUCUUGCCGGUGAAAAGAUAGCGGCCGCCUUGUACGCUUGUAUUCCUAUGAAGCCCUACCGGACGAGCGGCAGCAGUAAUUCCUUGAAAGGGUCAGACGAAGGAGAUUUUCGCAAAUUCAGUUUCAUAGAGAUAUGCAAUGGGAUCAGGCAUUUGUUUUUAGCAUGCCCAGUACUCGGAAGCAUUUACAUCGAAAAACAAAAGCACAAAUGGGCAUUGCAAUUUGCAAAGCAUUUGAUAGAAAAAGAAUCUCAAUGGAACUAUGAACAUGAUGGUCAGGACCCGCAGAGAAGUUACGGGAAAAAAUUAGAGAGACCGCUCAUUCUUGCAACGAAGUUUGGGAUAGUGGAGUUGGUAGAUGAGAUAGUGAAAGCAUUUCCAGAGUCUGUAGAAUUCCUCGACGAAGCUGGGAAGAACCUAUUGCAUUUGGCAGUGAAGCAUCGGCAGGAGUAUGUUUUCAGGUUAUUGAAGAAGAUGAAGGGAGCGACAACAGUUAUGGCAGCCGGGAUUGAUACAGAUGGUAACACUAUCUUGCAUCUUGCAGCCAAGCUUGGAGAAGAUAAGCCGAGUCACGUGAGAGGGGCCGCCUUUCAUUUGCAAUGGGAGGGUGUUUGGUUUGAGCGGGUAAAGAAGUUGUGUCCGUCACAUUUGGUACCCCUCCGGAACAGUAGCAAUCAGACGGCUAAGGAAGUGUUCACUCAAAGCCAUAAAGACCUCCUCGAAGAAGGAAAGAAGUUGUCGAAAGAAGUGUCUCAGACAACCAUGCUCGUGUCCACCCUCAUUGCCACCAUCACAUUUGCUGGGGUCUUCACCGUACCUGGCGGCAACGACCAAACCGAGCUACCGAUCCUCCGACACGAUACCAAUUUCACACUCUUCGCAAUAUGCAUCAGCGCUUCCUUGUUCUUCUCCAUGUUCUCCCUUGCCACGUGCAUUUCUAUCUACACAUCUCCCUUCGAAGAAAAAGACUUUCUGGCAUGGUUGCCUUUCCAGUCCGUUGUCGCUGCCACUACUUUAUUCAACUCAGUCCUCUUCGCUGCAGCAGCAUUCAUGAUAUCUUUUUUUUUGGUGACCAAUGGGAGCUAUCCGGUGUUGAUGACUAUUGUCGGCACAACCAGUGCGGGCUUCUUCUUCUUUACUCCUGUUUACUUCAACAUAGUUUCCGUCCCCAUCUCCUAUCUGAUUGAUCUACUCUUCAUAAGCAAUGAUGGAUGAUGCUUGAUGUAUAGUCUGAUCCCGUGAUGGACGAAAUAAUAGAAAAAACAAGGCAAAAAUUCUUUUUGCAAUUGGCAUACAUGUGUAAUACUCUUAUCGGGUGGGCCA